CAGUGUUGUCUCCACGUGAGGGCGGUGGGAGAAGACUCCAGGCCUUACUUUUAACUUGCUGAUUGGGAAAGUUACACAAGCCUGCUCCACCCAUAUCCACCUCCUAUAUCAGCAGCUGAGCUCCUCCACAGACACAUCCAGACAUGGAGAUGAGGAGAAGACUUCUGCUGGGGCUGCUCUCUGUACUGGGGAUUGCAGUGCAAGCGUCUGAUGUCUCCAGUCAGAAUAAGUUGCCUUCAUUCUGUCGCAGUUAUGAUUGUCCAAAGUACCAGCUGGUGAAACAAUAUGAUGACUUUGAACUUCGUCAGUAUGAAGAAAGUCGUUGGGUGACAACUUCACUAAAGCAGGACAUAUUUGGCAUGGGGAUUAUGAUCAGCUUCAACCGUCUGUUUAAGUAUAUCUCUGGGAACAAUGCUGAAGGGCUGAAGAUCAACAUGACAGUACCCGUGAUAACAUAUGUACCAUUAAAACAACCACCUGCUGAUAAUUCCACAAUGUCCUUCUUUGUGCCACAUGCUGUGGAGAAUCCUCCAAAACCUACAAACCCUGAAGUUUUCCUGGAUACAUAUCCUGCAGCUUCUGUAUAUGUCAAGUCUUUUGGAGGAUAUGCCCUAAACAAAGCAUAUAGUGAUCAAGCUAAAGCUCUAGCAGAGAACCUGAAGCUCCUUGGUCUGCAGUUUGAUGAUGCAUACUUCAUACGUGUUGGCUACAAUUCUCCUUUUGAACUUUCCGACCGCCACAAUGAAGUGUGGUACAUGGCAAAGUAAACUUCUUCUCUCAGCAUUGGGGACUUUAUCAUUCCUCUGAUGCUCAGCCCUGAAUGUAGUCCCCAUAUCUUGUAAUAUUUGACCAGGACAUGUGACAAAUGGCUCUUGUUAAAUUUUCCACAUUGCCUUGUAUGUUAUCAUGGAUGUGCUGUUUUUGUAGCAUUAAAAUAUUUGUCUAGUA